GUUCUGUUUCCUGUGCCAGAAAUAUUUAGAGAACUUAUUUCCUGGAAUGGCCACCAGAGAGGGCUACCUCUACAUCAAGUCUUACUUUCCUUUUUUGUGUGUUUUGUUCCUUUUGCAGGAGAACUAUGUGCAAGCAGAAUUGGAUGCUUCUAAAGCUAUAGAAGCUGAUGGGCAUGAUGUCAAGAGCCUUUUCCGUCGCAGCCAAGCUCUCCAGAAACUGGGUUGUCUUGAUCAGGCUGUCAUGGAUUUAAAGAGGUGUAUGAGUUUGGAACCCAGAAACAAGGCUUUCCAGGAGGCUCUGCGCAAUCUUGGCAGCAGCAUGCAUGAAAAGAUGACAGCUAUGUCCUGUACUGACUCUAAGGUGGAGCAGAUGUUUAAGUUGCUGCUUGACAAUGAAGAAAAAGAUCUGGACAAGAAACAAAAGGCAGCUCAAAACCUGAUAGUUCUUGCUCGUGAGGAACCCGGCGCUGAGAAGAUUUUUCAGAGUGAUGGAGUGCGACUGUUGCUGAAACUCUUGGAUACAGGCCGGUUGGAUAUGAUAUUGGCUGCUGUGCGGACCCUGACAGGCCUUUGCCAAGGGCAUCGCUCUCGGACAAUGGCGAUCCUUGCUGAACUGGGUCCUGAGCGCCUUUUUGCUGUUCUUGAGCUGGAGGAUGAGCAGGUCUCACUGGCCACAUACAAUCUGCUGCAGGUCAUGUUUGACGCACUCAAGGAAGGUCUGCAGAAAGAUGUACAUGGCAAGAAGGAAGCUCUGGUGCCAGAUACGUCCAAAGAGCUAAAGUUUCUCCUCAAGCAGCUUCUGGAGGCCCUGACUCGGGAGAACAUUUCUGCCUAUGGCCGGGACAGCAUCCUCAACUUACUGAUCACUGUAGUGCCUCGGAAGUCACUGCAGGACCCCAACAACUGCUUGACUCUUUGGGUCAUCGACCAGGGUCUCAAGGCGAUUCUGGAUGUUGGGGGCACCGUGAGGCACAGUCCAGGGAGCCUGCGUGUGACAGAGAACACACAAAUGAGUGCAGCCGUCUUGCUCAACAAGCUUUAUGGGGAUUUGAAGUGUGACAGUGAGCGGGAGAAUUUCCACCGGCUCUGUGAGGACUACGUCAGGAACUGGUUUGAGGACCAGGGUGUGCUUGGAAAGCUCCGGGCCAUCCAGACAGCUUCCUGCCUUCUGCGAGGCCCAGCAGAAGCUGGGAACCGGGUGCUGGAGCUGAAUGGCAUAAUGGAAAGCAUUCUGGCCUUGUGUGCUUCGUCCCGGGAAGCUGACCAGCUUGUAGCUGUAGAGGCCCUGAUCCAUGCGUCUGACAAGGCCAAGCGCGCCACAUUCAUUACUACCAAUGGUGUCACACUGCUCAAGGAGAUCUACAAGCACAGUGAGCGUGACAGCAUUCGCAUCCGUGCCCUGGUGGGUCUCUGCAAACUGGGCUCAGCUGGAGGCACAGAUUUCAGCAUGAAGCAGUUUGCUGAAGGUUCCACCCUGAAGUUGGCCAGGCAGUGCCGCAAGUGGCUGUGCAACGAGGCCAUGGAUGUUGGCACUCGGCACUGGGCUGCUGAAGGCCUGGCAUUCCUCACCUUGGACGCAGAUGUCAAAGAGGAACUCCUGGAGGACAAGGCAGCUCUACAAGCUCUGUUCCUCCUUGCGAAGUCUGAGAAUCGGAGUUCGCUGUUUGCAGUGGCCUCUACACUGGUGAACUGCACCAAUAGCUACGACCAAGAAGAACCUGACCCACAGAUGGUAGAGCUUGCGAAGUAUGCCAAGCAACACAUCCCUGAAAAGCACCCAAAGGACAAGCCAGAAUUUGUGCGCCAGCGGGUGCAGAAGCUGCUAGCUGCUGGUGUGGUUUCAGCACUCACUUGCAUGGUGAAGAACGAGAGCCCUUCCCUCAGCCCAGCCUGCCGUGAGCUUAUCUCCAGGGUUUUUUUGGCUCUAGUGGAAGAUUCAGAUGACAGAGGCGCAGUGGUGGCUGCCGGAGGGGGAAAGGCUCUCAUCCCUUUGGCCCUGGAAGGCACUGAAACAGGGCAGACCAAGGCAGCCCAAGCUCUAGCCAAGAUCACCAUCACGACGGCUCCAGAGAUGGCCUUCCCGGGCGAGAGGGUCUAUGAGGUGGUCCGGCCGCUGGUGAGUCUCCUGCAUUUGAACUGCACCAGCCUGCAGAACUUCGAGGCUCUGAUGGCUCUCACAAACCUGGCCGGGACUAGUGAACGCCUCAGGCAGAAAAUUGUCAAGGAAAAGGCUGUGCCGUUGAUUGAGGGCUACAUGUUUGAGGAGCAUGAAAUGAUCCGUGUGGCAGCCACAGAGUGCAUGUGCAACAUGGCCCUAAGCCUAGAGGUAGCCAAGUUGUUUCUUGCUGAAGGCAGUGACCGGCUCAAGCUGAUAGUUCUGUAUAGCGGGGAGGAGGAUGAGCGGCUCCGGCAGGCCGCUUCAGGGAUGCUUGCCGUGUUAACAUCACUGCUGCCCGAGAUCUGUGUCCGGAUUCCUCAAGUGACUGCUGCUUGGCUGGAGAUCUUGCAGGCUCUGCUACUCAGCCCCAGCCCAGAACUUCAGCACCGUGGCGUUGUGGUGGUGAGGAACAUGGUGGCCGUCGACAAGGAGCUGGCGACCAAGCUCAUGGAGAGUGAGAUGCUGGAGAUCCUGUCUUCUGUCAUGGCUGGUGUGAAGGACAGGCCCCAGGUGGCCCAGAUCGCCAAGGAGUGCCUGGCUCAAGCCGAAGCCUACAACUUGAUCAAGCCCAACUCAGCUCGUGGGCAGUGAGAGCCGGACUGCUGCCUCUCUGCUUGGUGGACACGCUGCUGCUGCUGGUGGGCACUGGGGGGGACUCGUGGUACUAUGGUUUCUGCGACCAAGGAAAGAGUCAGCAAGCGAUCCACUGUGAGCUCACUGGAAGCACUCCUGGUGGCUCCAGCUGCCACUUUCUGAUCUUCUGACUUUUGUGAAGGUGGUGUUGCACAGCAGGCCCUUCCAGUGCAAUGGGUUGCUGCUCUUCCUCGUCUCUUUAUGUUCUCGCUGGAAACACAGUGGGAGUGAGCUGACACAGAACUGGGAGGCCUGGAGGUCCGUUGAGCUGCAUGGCCUGCCUUUUGUUGCUGCUGAAAGUCACAGCCUUCCACUGCCUUAGUACCUGCUCAGUGGCCUAUGACUUCAGGGCAGGGGAAAUAGCUUUAAACUGCCACACUGCUCUUUUCUGUUUCAUUCCUACUUCUUGCAUUCAAUUAUAUUAGCAUUCCCUAUGGCAAAGAGGGUGGCCGUUAUAACCAAAGAUAUAUGGGAUGUAAUGUGAGUCAUCAUAUUCAAUGAAUCUGGGAAAAAUGCAAAUGAACAAUAGUUCUCAAAAAGCACAAGACAUUCAGCACCCGACCCCCAACUAUUGCAAAGGGGUUUGCAUGUGGGUUGGAAAGUGACACUGGGACAAAGUGCCUGUUUCUUUUUGUGCAAGGUGUUGUGGCAUUAAAUUCCUUCUUCAGAAGCUGUCUAAAUCAUGAAAGUGUAUAUUAGUUUUAUAAGGCUACUUAAGAUAGAAAGCACAAAAAGUAUGGUAGGCUAAUAAACUACAUUGCAUUCAUCAUUCUCCCUAGCACUUUAAGAUAUGAGUUUUUAUUUAAAAUUUUAAUAUAUUAAAAGUUUAUAUAACAGAA